AAUUGUUUUCUCAUGGAAAACUUUGGCAUUUUGUAGUGCUGCUGCAGCAUGGUGCUGAACCAACCAUCCGGAACACAGAUGGAAGAACAGCUUUGGAUUUAGCAGACCCAUCUGCAAAAGCAGUGCUGACUGGUGAAUACAAGAAAGAUGAACUCUUAGAAAGUGCCAGGAGUGGAAAUGAAGAAAAGAUGAUGUCUCUUCUUACACCAUUAAAUGUUAACUGUCAUGCAAGUGAUGGCAGAAAGUCUACUCCUUUACAUUUAGCAGCUGGGUAUAACCGUGUGAAAAUAGUACAGCUCUUACUGCAGCAUGGGGCUGAUGUACAUGCUAAGGAUAAAGGAGAUUUGGUGCCACUUCACAAUGCCUGUUCCUAUGGUCAUUAUGAAGUAACAGAGCUUCUAGUAAAGCAUGGAGCAUGUGUGAAUGCAAUGGAUCUGUGGCAAUUCACCCCUCUGCAUGAAGCAGCUUCUAAGAACAGGGUGGAAGUAUGUUCUCUUUUGUUAAGUUAUGGUGCUGACCCAACACUGUUGAACUGUCACAACAAAAGCACCAUUGAUUUGGCUCCGACACCACAAUUAAAAGAACGAUUAGCAUAUGAGUUCAAGGGUCACUCGCUGCUACAGGCUGCAAGAGAAUCAGAUGUAGCUCGUAUAAAGAAGCAUCUUUCUUUGGAGACAGUGAACUUCAAGCAUCCUCAGACACAUGAGACAGCGCUGCACUGUGCUGCUGCAUCUCCAUACCCUAAGAGAAAACAAGUAUGUGAAUUGCUGCUGAGGAAAGGGGCCAACAUCAAUGAAAAGACAAAAGACUUCUUGACUCCUCUGCACGUUGCAUCAGAAAAGGCUCAUAAUGAUGUUGUUGAAGUAGUUGUGAAACAUGAAGCUAAGGUUAAUGCAUUAGAUAACCUUGGCCAAACCUCUCUUCAUAGAGCAGCACAUUGUGGUCAUCUUCAGACAUGCAGGUUGUUGUUGAGUUCUGGAUGUGAUCCUUCCAUUGUGUCUCUUCAGGGCUUUACAGCCUUACAAAUGGGAACUGAAAGUGUGCAACAGCUACUACAAGAAGGUAUCCCAUUAGGUAAUUCUGAUGCAGAUCGACAGUUGCUGGAGGCUGCAAAGGCUGGAGAUGUGGAUACUGUGAAAAAACUAUGUACAGUUCAAAGUGUGAACUGCAGAGACAUUGAAGGACGUCAGUCUACACCACUUCAUUUUGCAGCUGGAUAUAAUAGGGUAUCCGUUGUCGAAUAUCUUCUUCAGCAUGGAGCUGAUGUGCAUGCAAAAGAUAAGGGAGGACUUGUCCCUUUACAUAAUGCUUGCUCAUAUGGUCACUAUGAAGUUGCAGAACUGCUGGUUAAACAUGGUGCAGUUGUCAAUGUAGCUGACUUGUGGAAAUUCACUCCCUUGCAUGAAGCUGCAGCAAAAGGAAAAUACGAGAUCUGCAAACUCCUGUUACAGCAUGGAGCUGACCCUACAAAGAAAAACAGAGAUGGAAAUACUCCUCUAGACCUUGUUAAAGAUGGUGAUACUGAUAUUCAGGACUUACUUAGAGGUGAUGCAGCUCUGCUAGAUGCUGCCAAGAAAGGUUGUUUGGCCCGAGUAAAAAAGUUGUGUUCACCUGACAAUGUCAACUGUCGGGACACGCAAGGACGGCAUUCAACACCACUACAUUUAGCAGCUGGUUACAACAAUUUGGAGGUUGCAGAGUACCUGUUACAGCAUGGAGCAGAUGUGAAUGCACAGGAUAAAGGAGGUUUGAUUCCUCUGCAUAAUGCGGCAUCUUAUGGGCAUGUUGAUGUAGCAGCUUUACUUAUAAAGUAUAAUGCCUGUGUGAAUGCUACAGACAAGUGGGCUUUCACACCUCUGCAUGAAGCAGCUCAGAAAGGAAGGACACAGCUUUGUGCCUUAUUACUGGCACAUGGAGCUGAUCCUACUCUGAAAAACCAAGAAGGACAAACACCAUUGGACCUGGUCACUGCAGAUGAUGUCAGCGCGUUAUUGACAGCAGCAAUGCCUCCUUCCGCCUUACCGACUUGCUACAAACCUCAGGUUAUAAGUGUGUCUCAGACUACAGGUUCUACAGCUGAUUCUCUGUCUUCCGUUCCAUCCAGUCCAUCCAGUCUGUCUGCUGCAAGUAGUCUUGACAACUUGUCUGGUAGUUUUUCUGAACUUCCUUCUGUUGUUGGUACAAACAGUGCAGAGGGAGCUACUGUUCUGGAGAAAAAAGAAGUUUCAAGUGUAGAUUUUAGCAUAAAUCAGUUCGUGCGGAACCUUGGCCUUGAACAUCUCAUUGACAUAUUCGAGAGAGAACAGAUAACAUUGGAUGUACUGGUUGAAAUGGGACACAAAGAAUUGAAGGAAAUUGGAAUUAAUGCUUAUGGCCAUAGGCAUAAAAUCAUUAAAGGAGUUGAAAGACUCAUUUCUGGACAGCAAGGACUUAACCCAUACCUGACUCUAAAUACUUCUGGUAGUGGAACAAUUCUCAUAGAUCUUUCCACUGAAGAUAAGGAAUUCCAGUCAGUAGAAGAGGAGAUGCAGAGUACUGUCCGAGAGCACAGAGAUGGAGGACAUGCUGGUGGAGUCUUCAAUAGAUACAAUAUCUUAAAGAUUCAGAAAGUGUGCAACAAAAAACUGUGGGAAAGAUACACUCACAGGAGGAAAGAGGUCUCUGAAGAGAAUCAUAACCACGCUAAUGAAAGAAUGCUGUUUCAUGGCUCCCCAUUUGUGAAUGCAAUCAUUCACAAAGGCUUUGAUGAGAGACAUGCCUAUAUAGGUGGUAUGUUUGGAGCUGGGAUUUAUUUUGCUGAAAACUCUUCCAAAAGCAAUCAGUACGUCUAUGGAAUCGGAGGUGGCACUGGCUGUCCAAUUCACAAAGAUAGAUCUUGUUAUGUUUGCCACAGGCAGUUGCUCUUCUGUCGUGUAACACUGGGCAAGUCUUUCCUGCAGUUCAGUGCGAUGAAAAUGGCUCAUUCACCCCCAGGACAUCACUCAGUUACGGGGCGACCCAGUGUAAAUGGAUUGGCAUUGGCAGAAUAUGUCAUUUACAGAGGGGAGCAGGCUUAUCCAGAAUACUUGAUUACUUACCAGAUUAUGAAACCUGAAGCCACCACUGAAGCUUAAGACAAAUUACUUGCAGGAGACCAUCAGACUUUGGAUGCGAAGAUACCAAUGGCUGCCAUCCUGUUAAUUAUGAGUUGUUGAAAAUAUUUCGUCCACAGGUGGUGUGGUAGCAAAUGUGAACAAAAUAUACCAUUUUUGACUUGAUAAAGCUUUAAUAAUGUACAGUAUGUUUUUCUAAAAUUUCAGAAAUGUCCUCUUUUUUCAGCACUUUAACAGAUACCAUUCCAGGCAUAAACUGGGGUUUGGCUGUACUAAAUUAUAAACAAAAGUUAACUUGAAACAAUGGUUUUAUACAAUACUACAUUGAAAUUUAGCAGAAAUUGUAAUGCUCUAUACAGGAACUCAUUUUACUAAUACUGUGUUCUUUAAAACACUGCAUUUACACUGAAAAUGUUUUCAUUUGUAAAACUGUAAAUAAGAGCUUUUGUACUAGCCUGGUAUUUAUUUACAUUGCUUUGUAAUAUAAGUGUUUUAGAACUGCAACCUUGUACAAAAUGUUUUUUUCCAGAUGUUGGUUUGUUCUCCUGUGUAUUCUCAUGCACAAUAGAUUUGAAAAGCCGGGGUUUUUUCCAAGAUUUAUCACUUACUUGUGAGGGCAGAAGCAAAUUUUAUCUGAAGAGGUUUAGAAAUAUCCAACUUUAGAAUACGCAAAUUUUUGUUCUGUAUUUUUAUUUAUGAAAUAUACAUUCCUGAGAAUUAUGGGCUAUGAAAAGAGAGUGUUCCAGCUAAAUACUAAAGUGUUUUUCCACCUACUUCCUAGAGUUACAUAUUUUAUUUCUGUAAAAUGUCUUCUGAAGUUUUUUAUUUAACUAUAAGUGUAGUUAACCUGUAUCCUCACUUCAAGGCUAGUAGACCUUGCAAGUUACAGUUUUAGUAAAUUAUUUUCCUUGAAUGUAGUUGGAAAAUUAACCUCAAGGAGGUCUUUCUUGAGUUCCUCUUGCUUACAUUUAAGCCAAGAAGUUAAAUAGUUUAUUCCUAAUACGAGGGCAAACAACUUGGCCUUUUUUUGUAUGCUUAUUUUGGUAAAUUAAUCUACCUGUUGGUGCCCUCGGGAUAUGAGAUGGAAAUGUUAAAAGCCAUCCUGUCAUCUCCUGUGUUUCUUCCAU